GAUUCGAUUAACAAAUUGAAUUUUUCAUUUGCCAAAUAUUUUUAUAUCCUUGAAUGUGCCUUAAAAAUGAAAUUCGAUUCUAAGUUUAAGUUAGCGACUAUUUUUGUAAAAAGGGUUUUUUUGAAAAAGUUUUUUAUAAUGUUUUUCAUGAUUGUGAAUAUGCGUGCAAUAGACCUUCCCAAAUAUAGUUUAAGUAUGCAAUGUAAUUUAUACAACUUUUUAAUAGUUUUGAAUAAAUUUAAUUUUAAUACUGAUUACACUUACUAUUUUUGGAAAAAAUGAAAGACAAUCUAUUCGCGCGUUUCUCACUUGUGUUAAAAUGAUAAGCGGCUUGAACUUGAAAAGUUAUACGUCCUUAUCUAAUCAAAUGGUACUUCAAAAUUAUUAUAAACUUUAAUUGUAAUGGGAAACGCAAAAACCAGUGAAGUAAUGAGCGCGAGCGACCGCACAAAAUAAUAUUAGUAGUAACACUGUUGAAAUGAACGGAUCUGAUUUCUAAAUUUUGCGUUAAUACUAAUCUAAAAUCUCAUUUUCUAUGCAAAAUUUUUGAUUGAAAGUGAAAAUAUUAAAGUUAAGGGAGUAAUCCGAACUAUAGAUUUCAAUCUGUCAGAUGGUAAUCGAGCCAAUCGGAAAUAUAUUAAUGAAAAUACCGCCUUGAUAAAAGCUUUCGAUGUAGAUUAAUUUUGACGGGUAAUAAAAUUCUUCAUUCGCGUUUUCGACCCGAUCGGCUGUUCAGUUAUUGGCAGCGAGUUCAACGUAGCGCGUGAAAUAUAUAGCUUCCGACAUGUCACUGACUAAAGAAGAAGUGGUUUCUCAUCGGACGCUACCCAAGCAUUGGAUCGAAUGGACAUUGGCGCUUGGAGUUUUUUCGUUACUGGCUCAAAUCGGUAUAUCGAUCGGUUGGCCAUCGCCCAACAUACCUCGCCUGGAGUCCGGUAACUACACGCUAAGUGCCACGGACGAUGAAUUAUCGUGGAUAGUAUCGGUAACCGGUCUCGCAGGCGUCGUCGGUGCCUUCGCCUGCACCUGCCUCGUCGAGAUUUUCGGCAGCCGAAAGACGAUACUGCUUGCGUUCCUAAUCGUAUCCGUGGAUCGAGUCUGCCUAGUCUCGGCCAAUUCGGCCUCUUGGAUAAUCGCCUCGCGCACCAUCGGCGGCUUGUUCUGUGGACUGACCUACGGCUCGUUUUCGCUGUACCUCGGCGAGGUAUGUGUCCCAGAAAUUCGUGGCACUGUGGUGUCGAUGGCCGCCGCGGGCAAUCCCUUGGGAGUGCUCAUCGGUACCGUCAUGGAGUCAUACCUGCCCAUGAGAAUAUCGGCAUCGAUUUACCUGGCAAUGUGCGUGAUAUCGAUCAUACUGUUUGUUUUACUGAAAGAUACACCGUAUUAUCUGAUGAGAAAUGGCCGCGAGCUAGAGGCCGAAAAGUCAGUGAUCUUGUAUUAUCCGGAUAUCGAAGUGAAGAAAAAGAUAAGCGAGAUACGCGACUUUUUGGAAUCUAAGAAGACCGAGGUGAACGCGUGGGGUGAGAUGAUCCAGCCCAUCUCGCUGAAAUCCUUCGCUUACAUCAUCGCGCUGUUUGCCCUGCCGAAUCUCAGCGGCACGAUGGUCAUACAGUCGUACAUGGAGGUGAUCUUGACGAAGACCCGGUCCAUCAAUGUGGAGACGCAGCAGCUGGUCAUCUACGCCAAUAUAAUUUCGACCCUUGUGGCCCUGUCCACGGUGAAUCUGGUCGACAAGCUAGGCAGGCGGCUGCUGCUGAUAGUGUCGGGCUGCGGCUGCGCCUUGGCCAAUGCCGGUCUCGCGGCCUACUUUCACGUGAGCGAAGUCAGCGGCGGCGGCGACCGCGGCUCGAUCGACUGGCUGCCGCUGAGCUGCAUAGUCGUCUAUCUGGUGUUCUACGCGAUCGGCCUGGCGCAAGUGCCGAGCACCGUGCUCAGCGAGAUCUGCAGCGACAGGAUCAAGGGCACGGCCGGCUGCGUCGCAGCGCUCACAGCGUCCCUCAGUGGCUUUGCCAUCGCCAAGUCGUAUCAGCCGAUCUCCAAUGACUUCGGCGACAAGUGGGUCUUCGGCAUGCUCGCCUUGUUCUCGAGCCUCUGCAUUCCGUUUACCCUCCUGCUGCCCGAGACCAAGGGAAAGUCGCUCAACGAAAUACAAAAUAUUUUGCACAAAACAAAGUGAGCGUGAGAGAUUUUCCAAGUUAAAUUAUUUUUUCAUUCCACAGUAUUUGGUAAUGCAACUAUUGUAUGCGUACUUUUUGUUGAUCGAAUUUAGUAUACCUCGC